GACGUCAUUGUAAGAAAGGUCUAUUGCUCUACUCGAUCGAUCUCUGGUAUUUUUUCGGUGCCUUUGUUUGUAACUUUCAAUAUUCAACUACCUUCUGGAUUUCUAACAUUUAGGUUCGUUCAACAUGAACCAAUUAAAAACAGCUUCAAUUGUACUCAAGGUUGUCCAAAUUAUGGCGCUUGUGGUAGGAAUAGGCUUUGUGGCACAUUUUACAAAAGAAGCGCACGAUUCACUUGCUAAGUAUUUAUACGAACUCGGGAGACUUGGACGAUUUGAGUUCUACCUGUUCACCAAUGGGGUUGGAGUGGCGAUUGCCUUUUUUGGAUUGCUGUGUACUCUCACUGGCGUCCUGGAGAAAAAAUUCGGCGCGUUCGGGAUGAUCACACUGCAAGCAUUGUGGGCGUUCCAGCUAAUGGUAUCCACCGGUCUGCUAACUAAAAUCUUGACAAUAUACAGGAAAAAAAUAUUUAGUCAAGGGAUGUCAAAGUGCGAAAUCUGGGAUAGAUUAUAUGGACUAGACAACCUGGAAUACGAUCUCCACUGCAGCCAUUUAAUCGUCGGCGUGGCCUGUGGAUUCAUUGCAAUGCUCCUUUUUGCCAAAGACGCUGUUAUUUCAUUUAUGUUUUUCCGGCGUUUCAAAGAGAGUAAUUUGAACUGACAUCACUUCAGUCUUUCUACGCUUUUCCAUUCAUAAAGAUAUGCUCUCUAUGAUAGACACUCUGCGAUGAGCAAAAAGCAAAAAAUGCUUUGCUGGAUAUUGUUAUGUAUACUUGAUUUUGUCGAAUAUAAUAUAUAGCAUGAAAAUAAUUUAAUAAAUAAUAAAUAGUUGCCACCUUCUGUGGAGACUUUAAUCUAUUAUAAAUAAUUUAAGGCGAAUGAUGGCGGCCAUGAUGAAAAGGCCCAACGGCGAAUUUGUCGUUGAAAAAUGUUUUAAGAGGUUUUAUAACUUCUUGUUGUGGUUGACUGGAAAGAAAGUAUUUUCCAGAUCGCAUAAUUCAUUAUCAAAUAAAUGUCUGUUAUGUGUACGAAAUUUGCAAAUGAAUUCAGUUAUGUUUGGACCAUUUUA